UUGUGAUCAAGAGUGUCGUAUUCAUAUAUAUGUUGUACAGUACGUUCAAAAACCUCUAAAGCAGCGAACGAAAUCUGAACACACGUGGUAAGCAUUGUGCGUACCAGUUCAACUCUCAGGGUUUAUUUAUAAAUUGGAUCCAGUGUAUUUUCUUUUAAAUAAAUAUGACGAGUCUUUAUGUGCUCUACGAGCACGCGGCAGGUUAUUCGCUGUUCUCCGUGAAGGAGUUUGAGGAAGUUUCAAUGUUUUUACCUCAAGUUGAGUCUUCAGUGACUGAUAUUGGUAAAUUUAAUUCAAUCGUAAAACUGGCAGGCUUCGCACCCUUCAAAACUGCAAUAGCUGCUUUAGAAAACAUUAAUGCCAUUUCGGAGGGCAUAGUUCCAGAGUCAUUGUUAGUGUUUUUGGACGAUUUCUUUUCCAAGCUUAAAAAGAAAAAAUGUACGCUUGGUAUUGCUGAUGCAAAGUUAGGUGCAGCCAUUACAGAGUCUGUUGGUGUGCAAUGCAGUCAUUUUGGUGUCGUUCCUGAAAUAAUACGUGGUAUACGGUUCCAUUUCCAUAAGCUGGUUAAAGGAUUUACUGAUAAAUCUGCGGGUGUUGCGCAGCUUGGUUUGGGCCAUAGUUAUUCGCGUGCUAAAGUCAAGUUCAACGUACAUCGUUCAGACAAUAUGAUCAUUCAAGCUAUUGCACUACUUGAUCAACUUGAUAAAGACGUCAAUACAUUUUCUAUGCGUAUAAGAGAAUGGUAUUCUUAUCACUUCCCAGAAUUGGUUAAAAUUGUCCCAGAUAAUCAUAUGUUUGCCAAAGCAGCAAAAUUUAUCAAGGAUAGAAAGUCUCUAACACAAGACAAAUUAGAAGAACUUGAAGAAAUUGUUAUGGAUUCGGCAAAAGCGCAAGGUAUAAUUGAUGCAGCAAAAAUGUCAAUGGGUAUGGAUAUAUCCAUAGUUGAUUUGAUGAAUAUUGAAAUGUUCGCUGAGCGUGUCGUCAAAUUAUCAGAGUAUAGAAAGAAAUUGGCUACGUACUUACAUUCAAAAAUGGAGUGUGUUGCUCCAAAUUUGCAAUCGUUAAUUGGUGACCAAGUGGGGGCCAGACUUAUAUCUCAUGCAGGUAGUUUAACAAAUUUAUCUAAAUAUCCUGCAUCAACAGUACAAAUAUUGGGCGCUGAAAAAGCACUCUUCCGUGCAUUAAAAACACGUUCUAAUACACCUAAAUAUGGUUUAAUAUAUCAUUCCUCGUUCAUUGGACGUGCUGGAUUAAAAAACAAAGGACGUAUAUCACGUUUCUUAGCUAAUAAAUGCUCAAUAGCAUCGCGUAUUGAUUGCUUUAUGGAUCAGCCUACAUCGAUAUUUGGUGAAAAUCUAAAGCAACAAGUUGAAGAUCGUUUGAAGUUCUAUGAAUGUGGAGAGGUUCCUAGGAAAAAUAUUGAUGUAAUGAAAGAAGCUAUUGCUGCAGUAAAAGAAGAAGCUGUGCAAGUAGCCGAUGCCAAGGCUUUAAAGAAGAAAAACAAAAAGAAGAAACGUAAGUUAGAAGAAGCUGCUGAGGAAGAAGUGAAACCUAAUGGAAAUUCCGUUGAAGAAACCGCAGUUGCAGCCGAAGAAAAUGGUGUUGGAGAACCAAAGAAGAAGAAAAAGAAGAAGAACAAGAAUAAGGAAAAAGAAGAGUAAACUACUACCAACGUAUGUGAAAUGAUGAAUAAGAAAUUUAUGCAAUUAAAAUAAAUUAAAUAACAAAUGAAGUUUAGGUACGUAUUAGUUUAAAAAUACAAAAUGCAGUUACAAUAAUAAUUUUGCUUUUAAAAAAAGUUGAUAGAAUAAGAAUUUCUGUUUUUACUAUACGACUGUAUUUUACAAUUAAGAUAAGAUUUGAACACUUCGUUACAUGUAAAUAAAUAUGUAAU